AUGCUUUUAGUAGAUAGAAGGUAUAGAUUGAGAAGAAUGAGGUUUCAUUUCCAACCAUAUUGUGAAAACUAAACCACAGAGUUUCUAAACCCAGAGGCGCAACAUUGCGAGACUUCUGGGAACGCUUGCGAAACAGACCAAACUGACCAGGCCAGGGUUUGGGGUUUGAGAAGUCAAUUCUUCCUUAGUUGUUAAUUUUUUUUAAAUCUAAAGGCACAACCUAGAUUUGAGCCAAUGUCUUAAGUAGAUGAAGAUGUUAUUACUCUAACCUUGUGUAAGUGACCAACUGACACAUUUUAAUUUUCGUCAAAAACAACUUUAUAUCGAAGGAGUCCCUUUGAGUUUAUGAGUUUAGCUAGUCAACGUCGCCAUGACAUCGCCUACAAGUGUGAUCUGGGAUUUCUAUUGGAGAAGCAGCUUUAGCCUAUAUUCAUACUGUACUGUCUUUGACUAAACUAUCCAACUUCUUCACUUCACUUCUUAUUGUUGUUUAGACAUUCAUUUGCUGCAACAACGCCCCCUUUCAUUGAUUACCUGAAGGACAUCCUGCGGAGGUACCCUGAUGGUGGACAGAUAUUGAAGGUGAGUUUGAUAAUAAAUCAAUCAUGUAGUCAUCUGUUCACUCUGUACACUUAACGUAAAUGUAAUUAAAGCCACUACAUUUAAAGAAGUAGUGUGAACAUCUUGUAUUGUAUAAGUUCGCCAUAGCCCAAUGUACUAUCCAAACAUUAGUUAAAGGCACCUAUGUAAACGUCCCUAUCCCUAUCUGUGCUGUGACCAGGAGCUUAUCCAGAAUGCUGAUGAUGCCGGGGCGUCGAAGGUGGUGUUCCUCCAUGAUGAGAGAUGCUACGGCAGCCAGAGCCUCAAGACUGAUGGCCUGGGAAAGUACCAAGGUAGGGUUGUUUCAUAUUUGUGGAAGAUUGAAGAGGGUCAUUCCAUAUCUGCACCCAUUUUGAUUUGAACGAAACCUUUUAUACAUGUUUGCGCAUGGUGGAAGUGGUCAGAAAGUGACCGUUUGGACCUGAAUGCCAAAACAUUCAGUAGAUAGAGGCACUCAAAGUUGACCUGUUUUGCCUACCCCACCCUACCAUGAGACAUCCAUGUCAAAUCAAAUCAAAUCACAUUUUAUUUGUCACAUACGCCGAAUACAACAGGUGUAGACCUUACAGUGAAGUGCUUACUUACAAGCCCUUAACCAACAAUGCAGUUUUAAGAAAGAAUGCAAAAAAAAUCACACAAAAAAAAAACAAUAUAAAAUAAUACAAAAUAAAAGUAACAAAUAAUUAAAGAGCAGCAGUAAAAAUAACAAUAGCGAGGCUAUAUUUACAGGGGGUACCGGUACCGAGUCAAUGUGCGGGGGCACCGGUUAGUCAGGGUAAUUGAGGUAAUAUGUACAUGUAGGUAGAGUUAUUAAAGUGACUAUGCAUAGAUAAUAAACAGUGAGUAGCAGCAGCGUAAAAGAGGGGGGGGGGGGGGGGGGGUAACGCAAAUAGUCUGGGUAGCCAUUUGAUUAGAUGUUCAGGAGUCUUAUGGCUUGGGGGUAGAAGCUGUUUAGAAGCCUCUUGGACCUAGACUUGGCGCUCCGGUACCACUUGCCGUGCAGUAGCAGAGGGAACAGUCUAUGACUAGGGUGGCUGGAGUCUUUGACAGUUCUUAGGGCCUUCCUCUGACACCGCCUGGUAUAGAGGUCCUGGAUGGCAGGAAGCUUGGCCCCAGUGAUGUACUGGGCCGUACGCACUACCCUCUGUAGUGCCUUGCGGUCGGAGGCCGAGCAGUUGCCAUACCAGGCAGUGAUGCAACCAGUCAGGAUGCUCUCGAUAGUGCAUCUGUAGAACCUUUUGAGGAUCUGAGGACCCAUGCCAAAUCUUUUCAGUCUCCUUAGGGGGAAUAGGUUAUGUCGUGCCCUCUUCACAACUGUCUUGGUGUGCUUGGACCAUGUUAGUUUGAUGGUGAUGUGGACACCAAGGAACUUGAAGCUCUCAACCUGUUCCACUACAGCCCCGUCGAUGAGAAUGGGGGCGUGCUUGGUCCUCUUCUUUUUCCUGUAGUCCACAAUCAUCUCCUUUGUCUUGAUCACUUGAGGGAGAGGUUGUUUUCCUUGCACCACACGGCCAGGUCUCUGACCUCCUCCCUAUAGGCUGUCUCGUCAUUGUCGGUGAUCAGGCCUACCACUGUGUGUCAUCGGCAAACUUAAUGAUGGUGUUGGAGUCGUGCCUGGCCAUGCAGUCAUGAGUGAACAGGGAGUACAGGAGGGGACUGAGCACGCACCCCUGAGGGGCCCCCGUGUUGAGGUUCAGCGUGGCGGAUGUGUUGUUACCUACCCUUACCACCUGGGGGCAGCCCAUCAGGAAGUUGCAGAGGGAGGUGUUUAGUCCCAGGGUCCUUAGCUUAGUGAUGAGCUUUGAGGGCACUAUGGUGUUGAACGCUGAGCUGUAGUCAAUGAAUAGCAUUCUCACAUAGGUGUUCCUUUUGUCCAGGUGUGAAAGGGCAGUGUGGAGCGCAAUAGAGAUUGCAUAAUCUGUGGAUCUGUUGGGGUGGUAUGCAAAUUGGAGUGGGUCUAGGUUUUCUGGGAUAAUGGUGUUGAUGUGAGCCAUGACCAGCCUUUCAAAGCACUUCAUGGCUACAGACGUGAGUGCUACGGGUCGGUAGUCAUUUAGGCAGGUUACCUUAGUGUUCUUGGGCACAGGGACUAUGGUGGUCUGCUUGAAACAUGUUGGUAUUACAGACCCAGACAGGGAGAGGUUGAAAAUGUCAGUGAAGACACUUGCCAGUUGGUCAGCGCAUGCUCGGAGUACACGUCCUGGUAAUCCGUCUGGCCCUGCGGCCUUGUGAAUGUUGACCUGUUUAAAGGUCUUACUCACAUCGGCUACGGAGAGUGUGAUCACACAGUCGUCCAGAACAACUGAUGCUCUCAUGCAUGUUUCAGUGUUACUUGCCUCGAAGCGAGCAUAGAAGUAAUUUAGCUUGUCUGGUAGUCUCGUGUCACUGGGCAGUCUUCAUCACUGAAAAAGAUAAAGGUAAGAGUUUGAUAUCGUUUGAAAGCUUACAAACAGGGUUGUCAAACUAUUCUACAAUUUCUUGAAAAAUAGUUUUUUAUUUAAAAAAUGUAAUUUUAUUAAACUUUAACGUCAAAUAUCUAAAAACGCGUAAACUAAGAUUUUUCUAAUUUUCACAAAUGUUGUAGCUUGGACCCUAUUUAACAUAAUUUGAAGUGUUUGUGUUGUGCCUGUCUUCGGUUGAGACACAGCAUACUCUUGAAUACAGGGUGGGUGUCAUUUCAGUCAUAUAAAUAGAACGCUCCCCAUUUGAUGUUGCUGAAAGACUGUAUGUAACGCUACGGGUUCUUACUUCUGGAAGUUCACAGCAGGCUGUGGCGAGCAGCUACAUAAUGGGUUCAUCUACUGUGUGCAGUAUCGUAUCGGAGGUCUGCAAAGCCCUUUGGCUUGCCCUGAACGACGACUUUGUAGCCUUUCCUACAGGGAAUCAGUGGACCACAAUUGCCCAAGACUUUUGGGGACUCUAGAAUUAUCCCAACUGUGUUGGAUCGAUUGAUGGAAAGCAUGUCCAGAUCAGGGCCCCCGCCAGAGCCAGCAGCGACUACUUCAACUACAAAGGUACCCACUCCAUUAUCUUGAUGGCAGUGUGUGAUGCCCGCUACAGGUUCACAAUGGUGGAUGUAGGGCAGCGGAGGCUGGUGGGAGGAGCUAUAGGAGGACGGGCUCAUUGUAAUGCCUGGAAUGGAAUAAAUGGAACGAUAUCAAACCCAUCAAACAUAUAGAAACCACAUGUUUGACUCCAUUCCAUUAAUUCCAUACCAGCCAUUACAAUGAGCUCGUCCUCCUAUAGCUCCUCCCAUCAGCCUCCACUGAUGUAGGGGUAUAUGGCAGAGAGAGCGAUGGUGGAGUGUUUCAAGAGUUAUUUUGGGUCCAAACUGCUGCAGAAGACCCUCAAUUUUCAACCGCCAGCUGUCCUGCCAGGUACCACAAUGCCAAGUCCUCAUGUUUUCCUGGGAGAUGCAGCUUUCCCCCUACAUGAGAACCUCAUGCGGCCUUAUCGAGGUAUGUUGAUAAUAGAAAGUUGGAAUCAAUGUAACUUUAUCUGUGUCUAAUUUCCCUUGUUACUGUAUACAUUUAUACACCUCUAUAUGAGACAUGUCAUUUUAUCAAGGCUUUUGAAAUAUGGUUCCUAGAAAAUGGUAUGGUGUUUGUUUUGGUUGACCAAAUAGGCUAUAUUUUAUAUCUGACAUACAAUAUAGUCUCUUGUUACCACUCAUUCACAGGUGUCCAUCGCAAUGAACCUGAGCGUACCUACAACUACCGCCACUCUCGUUGUCGGAGAGUCAUAGAGAAUGCAUUCGGCAUCAUGGCUGCAAGGAUGAGGAUUCUUGGUCGUCCAAUUGAGUGUACCCCUGAAAAGGCAAAGGAUAUUGUGAAGGCAUGUGUGGCCCUCCACAACUACUUAUCCUCCACGGAUUAAGCUCAUGAGCCGAACACAAGAUACUUGCCUCCCGCUUUUGCUGACACGCCCCUCCCUUAUGGCAACUACCAACCAGGAGAGUGGAGGAGGGUUGUGGCAGGUGACAACAAUCUCCAAGAAGCAGGGAGACUAUCUUGUGCCAGGGCGACACGGCUUGCAAGUGAAACAAGAAUUUCCCCUUCAUCUACACUGAUUGAGGUGGAUUUAACGAGUGACAUCAAUAAGGGAUCAUAGCUGUUCAGUCUAUGUCUUGGAAAGAGCAGGUGUUCUUAAUGUUUUAUAUACUCAGUGGAUAUGAACAUGAAAAAAAUCUGAGUUUACGAGUUUUUAGAUAAUUGACGUUAAAGUUUUAAAAAUGAAUUAUUUUAAUAAAAAAAUGUUUUCUUAAUAGACCAUGAAACAGUUUGACAACCCUGUUUGUAAGCUUUCAAAUUACCGUACCAGUCAAAAGUUUGGACACACCUACUCAUUCCAGCUUUUUUUUCUUUUUUUUUACUAUUUUCUACAUUGUAGAAUAAUAGUGAAGACAUCAAAACUAUGAAAUAACACAUAUGCAAUCAUGUAGUAAGCAGAAAAGUGUUAAAUAAAUCAAAAUAUAUUUUAUAUUUGAGAUUCUUCAAAGUAGCCACCCUUUGCCUUGAUGACAGCUUUGCACACACUUGGCAUUCUCUCAACCAGCUAAUUUGUGGAAUUUCUUUCCUUCUUAAUGCGUUUGAGCCAAUCAGUUGUGUUGUGACAAGGUAGGGGUGGUAUACAGAAGAUAGCCCUAUUUAGUAAAAGACCAAGUCAUUAUUAUGGCAAGAACAGCUCAAAUAAGCAAAGAGAAAUGACAGUCCAUCAUUACUUUAAGACAUGAAGGUCAGUCAAUCCGGAAAUGAACGUUUCUUCAAGUGCAGUCGCAAAAACCAUAAAGCGCUAUGAUGAAACUGGCUCUCAUGAGGAGCGUCACAGGAAAGGAAGACCCAGAGUUGCAAGUGCUGCAGAGGAGAAGUUAGAGUUAACUGCACCUCAGAUUGCAGGCCAAAUAAAUGCUUCACAGAGUUCAAGAAACAGACACAUCUCAACAUCAACUGUUCAGAGGAGACUGUGAAUCAGGCCUUCAUGGUCAAAUUGCUGCAAAGAAACCACUACUAUAGGACACCGAUAAGAAGAAGAGAUUUGCUUGGGCCAAGAAACACGAGCAAUGGACAUUAGACCGGUGGAAAUCUGUCCUUUGGUCUGAUGAGUCCAAAUUUGAGAUCUUUGGUUCCAACCGCUGUCUUUGUGAGACGCAGAGUAGGUGAACGGAUGAUCUCCGCGUGUGUGGGUCCCACUGUGAAGCAUGGAGGAGGAGGUGUGACGGUGUGGGGAUGCUUUGCUGGUGACACUGUCAGUGUGUUAUUUAGAAUUCAAGGCACACUUAACCAGCAUAGCUACCACAGCAUUCUGCAGCGAUACGCUAUCCCAUCUGGUUUAUACUUAGUGGGACUAUCAUUUGUUUUUCAACAGGACAAUGACCCAAAACACACUCCCAGGCUGUGUAAGGGCUAUUUUACCAAGAAGGAGAGUGAUGGAGUGCUGCAUCAGAUGACCUGGCCUCUACAAUCAUCCAACCUCAACCCAAUUGAGAUUGUUUGGGAUGAGUUGGACCGCAGAGUGAAGGAAAAGCAGCCAACAAGUGCUCAGCAUAUGUAGGAACUCCUUCAAGACUGUCGGAAAAGCAUUCCAGGUGAAGCUGGUUGAGAGAAUGCCAAGAGUGUGCAAAGCUGUCAUCAAGGCAAAGGGUGGUUACUUUGAAGAAUCUAAAAUCUAAAAUAUAUUUUGAUUAGUUUAACACUUCCAAAAGUGUUAUUUCAUAGUUUUGAUGUCUUCACUAUUAUUCUACAAUGUAGAAAAUAGUAAAAAUAAAGAAAAACUCUUGAAUGAGUAGGUGUGUCCACAUUUUUUACUGGUACUGUAUAUCAAACUUAACAGUUUAUAUUUUUCAGUGAUGAAGACAUCAUGGUAGGGUGUGGUUUACAAAAUGGGUCAACUUUGAGCACCUCAAUCUCCUGAAUGUUUUGCCAUUCAGGUCCAAAAAGUCACUUUCUGACCAAUUCUACCGUGGGAAAAUACAGUGCAUUCGGAAGGUAUUCAGACCCCUUGACUUUUUCCACAUUUUGUUGCGUUACAGCCUUAUUCUAAAAUGGAUUACAUUUGUUUUUUUCCUCAACAAUCUACACACAAUACCCCAUAAUGACAAAGCAAAAACAGGUUUUUAUACAUUUCUGCAAAUGUAUUACAAAGGAAAAAAUGUAAAUAUCACAUUUACAUAAGUUUUCGGACCCUUUACUCAGUACAUUUACAUUUUGCAGACGCUCUUAUCCAGAGCGACUUACAGUUAGUGAAUACAUAUAUAUAUAUAUAUAUAUAUAUAUAUAUUUUUUUUUUUUUUUCAUACUGGUCCCCCGUGAUGUUGCAAACGCCAUGCUCUAUCAACUGAGCAACAUCCCUGCCGGCCAUUCCCUCCCCUACCCUGGACAACGCUAGGCCAAUUGUGCGCUGCCCAUGAGUCUCCCGGUCGCGGCCAGCUGCGACAGAGCCUGGAUUCGAACCAGGAUCUCUAGUGGCACAGCUAGCACUGCGAUGCAGUGCCUUAGACCACUGCGCCACUCAGGACUUUGUUGAAGCACCUUUGGCAGCGAUUACAGCCUCAAGUCUUCUUGGGUAUGACGCUACAAGCUUGGCACACCUGUAUUUGGGGAGUUUCUCCCAUUCUUCUCUGCAGAUCCUUUCAAGCUCUGUCAGGUUGAAUGGGGAGCGUCGCUGCACAGCUAUUUUCAGGUCUCUCCAGAGAUCAUCGAUCGGGUUGAAGUCCGGGCUCUGGCUGGGCCACUCAAGGACAUUCAGAGACUUGUCACGAAGCCACUCCUGUGUUGUCUUGGCUGUGUGCUUAGGGUCGUUGUCCUGUUGGAAGGUGAACCUUCGCCCCAGUCUGAGAUCCUGAGUAUUUCUGUUUUUUAUUUUUAAUAAAUUUGCAAACAUUUAUAAAAUCCUGUUUUCACUUUGUCAUUUAGGGUAUUGUGUGUAGAUUGAUGAGGAAUAUAUAUAUAUUUUUAAUCCAUUUUAGAAUAAGGCUGUAACGUAACAAAAUGUGGAAAAGGGUAAGGGGUCUGCAUUCUUUCCGAAUGCACUGUAUGUAUGGAAGGUUUCGUUAAAAUCACAAGGAGUGCAGUCAGAAAGUGAUUGAAAUCAUAUGGAACGACCCAAAAUAAAUAACUUAAGUUUGAAAUUCAACCUUAUGUCACAAGGGCUCACUCUUGAUUAGACACAGCCAACAUGCUGAAUUUGAUCUUUGACAGUGAUUUAUGAAAUUUUCCAUUUUACAUCAACAUUACACUACAACAACCCCACACUAAUAAACACAUCAGAAAUGAAUAAAAUACAGGAUAAGCUAUUGUCUGAGGCUGGCUGCCUUGGUCUCAUUGCAUGUUAUGUUGACUGCUAGGCAGCAAAUGUAGAAAGGGCUUUCUACCACAACAUCAGAUAAACAGCAGGGUAACAUGCCCAGAUUAAUGUCCGGUGCAGAACUGAGGUGUAUACUACAAUGCAAGCUAGAUCUACUCAGGGUUUUAUAAAGCUAGCCAGCUUCAGUUAGCUUCACAUUCCAGCUCAGGCUUCAUCCAUGUUAUGAAGGUGGAUAUUGAUUGUGCACCCGCCGCUUACUCGAGCCUGGGCAGUAACUGCUCGUUCAUGUCGAACGCCGAACGCUACAUUGAGACAAUGCUGAAACAUCAAUCCAUGGGCGAGUCAGUGCCACUUUUUCAUUUGUGCCGAAAUCAAAAUGAAAAAUGUUUUAUCUUGAAGAUUCAGCAGGCUAUGGUGUGAAAUAGGCUGUUAGAAGUGCCGUCUUUCUUUUAUUACGUAUUGUUAAUGCUGUCUUUUGUGUGCUUUGGUGUGCUUAUCAAUGCACAAGCACCUUUUUUCCCACUCCUAUCGAUAAAAUAGUGUUAUUAAUUAAUACAAAAGUAUUACUGUGCUGAAGUUUCAAAUGCAUUCUGUCAUUACUAAAUGUGAUAGGUAUUUUAACAUUAUUUUUUAACACAAAAAAACAUACAAAUAUUUCAUCAGUCAUCUUCCUCAAAUGAAGGGGAUGAUGACACAAUCUUUGCGAGAGGGCGGGAAUAUUAUUUCAAUGGUCCUUCAUUCAGGAUAAAUGGAGUUAGCCCUUAGUUAGCCUGCCCUGGAGCAGGUUAGUUCUGAAUGAUUUUUUGCCAUAGAAAUGUACCUGGCUAAAAGUUGAGCCACUUUCGUGUCACUGGUUAUCCCGAGUUGAACUCAGAGUGGACCAAAGUUACCUCGCUAACUCGUCAAACCUCAUUCGUAGUAUAGGGCUCUGAUUAGAAUCUUAAACAUCAUGCUGGAAUGAUGCUCUGAGCCUCAGGAAACAUUGUCUGAGCAUCAGGAAACAUUCUCUCUCUGGCUCACGCAGGGUCGGCAGCAAAUGUGUGGCAAGCUGGCAUUAGCAAAAAAAAUAAAGUACCACACUCUAUAUGCUCCCAACAAUGUAAUGGGUAAACCUGGCAUUUGCCCCAGUACUUUUCAAUCUGGUAUGGUGGUGCCCCGCCACUUUAGAUUUUUGAAAAGAGGGACAAACUACUGAAUGAACUGACUGUUGUUGUCUCUGUGGGCAGGUCCUGUGCUGUAUGAAUAACUGACUGUUGUCGUGUCUGUCAGCAAGUCCUAAUGUGUAUGAAUAACUGACUGUUGUUGUGUCUGUGAGCAGGUCCUGCGCUGUAUGCCUUCAACAAUGCAGAGUUUACAGCAGAGGACUGGGAGGGAAUCACAACCACAGGCCGGAGCAUCAAACGCAAAGACCCAAACAAAGUUGGCAGGUUUGGGAUCGGAUUCAACUCUGUCUAUCACAUAACAGGUGAACACCAAAGUAUUAUUAUCACAACAAAGAAUCAAACAAUGAGCAUGCAAUAGCUACUGUAUAUCACAAGGUGUGGUUGAUAUGCUAAAAUCCAUAUCACAGCGCAUGGAUCUAUACCGGUAUACCGGAAAUAUCGCCAUACCGCCCAUUGCUAAGUUUAAAUUGUCCUUUAUAGCCAGCUUUUCAUAAAAUGUCAAAUGCAGAUGUUUUUAUCUCAAUAUCAAAUCAUUUCUGGGUAACAAUUAAGUAACUCACUGUGACUGUUUUCAAUUAAAAUGGUCAAAAAGAAACAAAAAUAGCUUCUUAGCAUAGAGCAAUUUCUCAAGGAAGAAUUUUCUAAGGACUGUCUGAGUGGGGAGGGGAAAACGUAAAACUAGUUGUUAUUGGCAGAGAGUUUUAGAACUCUUUCUUAUUGGUCUAUUAACUAAUUUACCACUGGUGAUGUCACCAGGCAGGCCAAAACUCCAUCCCAGAAAAAUAGGCUGAAAAUUCAGGAGGUCUUUUCAAACAGCUCUUACACUUAAAGGGAAUUAUCAUAAUUUUCACAAUUUCAUAGUAUUAUUCCAACCUCAUAGUGUGGAAAUCUAUAUAAUACACAGGAAGAUUACAGCAUUUCAUUCACACUCAGUCAUCUGAUCAUUUCUAGAUGUGCCAUCCAUAUUCAGUUCCAAGUACCUGGGCUUCCUGGACGCCCAGGACAAGCUGUUUGAGGAGGAUGGAGGCUUCCGGUGGUCUCUGGAGGACGAGGAAGACAAGAAAAUUCUCCUGAAUCUGCAGGAUCAGUUCCAACCGUUCAGAGAUGUCGUCAAACUAGUCAGUGGACAGAGAUGGACGGACAUCAUCCAGGAGGAGCAGCACUUUAAAGGGACCCUCUUUAGGUUUCCUCUGCGCAGUGAGGCCUCAGAGAUCUCAGAUAACCUCUAUGACUACCACAAAGUAGUUAAGCUUUUCGACAGCUUCAUUGCAGAUGCAGACAUAAGCCCUCUGUUCUUGAGGAACGUGUCAUCAGUCUCUUUGCAGCACAUCAACACAAAUGGAUCCGUCAACACCCGGCUCUCAGUGACCUCCUCCAGUCCCACAGCUUAUCCAGGUCUGAAGUCCAGGAGUGAGUCAAACAUCAAGGGCUCAACCUGCUUCAAAACCAUCACCUGUACCUCCAACGACAAGAAGCAGACAAAGACCAAGUGGCUUGUGACAACAUGUUGCAUGAAAGACGGAAAUGUACCGGAGCUAGAUUCACUUGCCAAGAAGCUAAGUUUCCACCCUCAUGUUGACAUAGCGUUUCCGUGUGGCCAGGAGAGUGUCCUGAUUGAGGGAAGACUGAGCUGCUUCCUGCCCCUUCCAAACAACGACUCCAACAAGACUGGACUCCCGGUCCAUGUGAACGCCUGCUUCGGCCUCACUGACAACAGAAGACACAUCAAGUGGCAGGAGGAAGACCAGAAGUAUGAUGAAGCUGCGAUGUGGAACGAGCUGCUGGUGAAGGAGGUCCUCCCUCACACAUACCUCCUGAUGCUGCAGGAUGCCACCAACCUAGCCAAGACCUCCACACUCCCCGUCUCAGCUGUGUACAACAUCUGGCCAGACCUCAGUCAGACCAAACACAAAUGGCAUGGGAUUGCUGAGGACAUUCUACAACGUCUAUUUAGACAGAACACCGCUGUCUUCUCUCUAGCUGAAGACGAAAGACAGUUUGUUUCUCCCGCCGAGGCUGUGUGUCCAUCCAAUAACACCAAGGUGUCUGAAAUUAUGGCUGCUGUGACCAGGACCUUGAUUGCAGGAGGAGAAAAGCUUGUCACCUUCCCAUAUCAUGUCUCCAGAGCUGUACAGCUGGCCUUCCCAGAACCUGACACUCUGAAAUGGGUGACUCCAGCUCUUGUAAGGGACGUUCUCCGCAGAGUUACUGUGUCCAACCUCUCUAACGAUGACAAACGGUCUCUGCUGCAGUUCAUCUUGAGCGAUGAGAAUUACCACAACCUCAGGGGUCUGAAGAUGCUUCCUCUCAGCGAUGGGACUUUCAAUACAUUCACAAAUGAAGAGAAGGACAUCGCUCUCAUUGACAAUGAUUCAUUUCCAAGGUAAAUUCUUAAUAAUCUAAAUAUACAGUGCAGUAUUUUUUAUAUGGAUAAUCCAUGCCUUUUUCUUCCAUUAAGAAUUUACAAGUAAGUCUUCUCAUCAUGCAGAGUGCUGCUGCCAGGUUGCAAAGCCCUGUUUCUGCCGGAUGAUCUCAGCACCACUAGCAUCCACCAUUUGAGGCAACUAGCAGCAACAAGUAAGUUAAUAUAUUGUACAAAUUAUGAAAGGUUUUGGAUAUCAUGUAGAAUUGCAAAUACCUGCAUGUUUUUUUACAUGGUUAUUAUUUCUAUAUCUCCGUAAUUGUAGAUACAUUCAAAGUAUUCAAUGUGGAUGCUGACAUUGUGGCUACAUUUGCAAAGAAGACUCUCCCAAAGGACUGGGAACAGACAGGUGGUCAUGUCACCUGGGAGGUAGGGAGUGGCCAUCACCCACCCUUGAGGUGGCUCAGAGAGUUCUGGCAAUGUCUCAACACUCACUGGGGAGAUCUGAGAUGUUUUGAAGGCAUGCCUCUGAUACCCAUCGAGCCUCUUCACGAUAAUAGCCAUUAUGUCAUACUUGCAAGACUACAACAGAAUCCAACCAUCAUUUUUCGGAAAAGCAAGCAAACCAUCUUACCAGACAAAAUCGAGAAAGUGAUAAAGAAGGUUGGGGGAACAGUGGUGAACAGAGAUGAAUGCCUGAAGCACCAAGAUCUUGACUCGUACAUACUACCACCAUCGGCUCAGAACAUUCUACAGGUGUUCAUGAACUUAGCUGCCAGUCAGGUCAUCAUUGGAAUCAGGUCUGCUCCUCACCAUGAGAAAGAGGAACUCAAAGACUACCUCUCUACUCUGAAUUCUCUCAAAGUCCAGGAGCGAGAUCUGCUCUCAAAGAUGCCUCUCUUCCAAUCAAUGGCCGGAGAAUACGUUUCCGCCCAAUCCAAGCAGGCAGUGGUUCUGAGUUCCACCCCAGCUCUCCCCACAGAGCUCCCCAUGCCGGAUUCCAUUGUCCGGUGUGCAACUGAGGCUGAUCGCAGGCUCCUAUUGUUGCUCAACGUUGAUCUCCUGGAUACCGCCCAGGCGGCCAUUUAUUUGAUUGAUGGAGUUGAGAGGAAGUCUUUCAAGAAACAAGAGACUGAGAGAAUCAUGACCUGGAUAUUACAGCAUGGCAGUAUCCUCUUCUCACAGAAUGGGACCUUGUACACAAAAUGUAAGGAUUUGAGCUUCAUCGAAGUAGAUGAAGGAGAAUUGAAGAAGACCUCCAGCAUUUUCGAUCCAAACAAUAAAACCUUCCAAGUCCUUUUUGAAAGAGAUUUUUUUCCUCCAGCUGUGUUCACACAGACUCCAGAGAUGCUUGACAGUUUAGCACGUAUUGGAUUGCAGACAAAGGAAAUGGAAGUAUCAGCAGACAACGUGUUGCAUAUUGCCACCCAUAUUGAGAAAUCACGUGUUCACCCACAAAGAGCUUUCAAAAAAGCAGAAGCACUUCGAAGACUAUUGAAUGACAAUGACCUGCUCUCCCAGUUCUCUCAUCAGCAGCUGCAGCACCUCUCACAGUUGCAGUGGGUCCCUUGUGAGAAUCCUUGCAUCACGAAAGAAAAGAACAAGGGGAAAAGUUUAUACAAGCCAGAGGAGAUACGACAUUCGGAGUACAAGGGCAUUGUAGGGCAUGUCAUGCCUCUUACUGGAGACUUCAGUCAGAAAGUAAGCAGCAAACUGGGUUUGUUACGUCUCCCUCCUGCUGAGAAGGUUAUGGAGAAUAUGUCAUCGCUGGCAGCUGUGGCCCAGGCAAUGACAGAUCCAGAUAAAGAUGUGCAGUUUAAAACCAAGCUGCAUAGCAUUUACAAAUACAUGCAAGAUCACAUUCCUGAGGUCAGGGAAGUGACGAACAAGAGAUGCAUACCUUGGCUGUGGAUCCACAACCAUUUUGUUUUUCCUCAUGAUGUAGUCUUGGCCUACCCACCUGAUUUGGAUCUGAGCUCGUACAUUGAGAGGGUGACAGAUGAAUUUCUUCCAUACAACACCUUGCUGACAGAGUUUGGAGUGAAGACAUCACUGUCAGAUAAAGAAAUAGAGGACAUCCUUCAUGACAUCAAACAGACCAUUGAAGAAAGGUCCCAACCAUUUGGCGAACCCUCCGAGCUGAAAGUGUCAAUAGCCAUUCUGAACUGGAUGUGGAGAGAGAAGAAGACCGUCAGGGUCAAUAUCCCAGUGCCAGUCAUGGCAGGGAGUCAGAGAUUUACCCUGCAACCGUUGUCCAAGACAGUGUUUUGUGACAUAAGCAGAAACAGUCUGGAGGAUAUACAGCACGACCAGGAGGAGAUUCAUGUCAUCCACGUGGAGAUUCCACCGGCGACGGCAGAGUGGCUGAACAUCCCGUUCCUCAGCACCCGGAUCCUGCGUCCAGAGUUAAUUGGAAUAGAGCAGUGUGGGCAGUCAGAACCCAUAACUCUGAGGAUCAAGAACAUUCUGAAGGAGUAUGACGAAGAUAAUGACAUCUUCAAAGAGCUCAUUCAGAAUGCAGAAGAUGCUGGAGCAAACACCUGUAAAUUCAUGGUGGAUUUCAGGGACCACAAAGACCCUGUGGACAGCCUCAUAGACCAAGGCAUGUCCCUCUGUCAGGGACCAUGUCUCUGGGCCUUCAACAAUGAGCUCUUCAGUGAGGAUGACUGGAAAAACAUUGUCAAACUCGGAUCUGCCUCAAAGGAAAAUGAGGUUGAAAAAAUAGGGAAGUUUGGGCUAGGAUUUAAUGCUGUGUACCAUGUGACUGAUAUUCCCUCAAUCCUCAGUGGCAAGGGGCUACUGAUACUUGACCCAAAUGUUACACACCUGCAAAAGCACAUACAAAACAAAGCAAAUGCUGGAAUCAAACUCGACUUAUCUCGGGAGCAGCUUCUGCACAGGUUUCCUGGACAAUUCAGACCAUAUGAGCGCAUUUUUGAUUGCAAUCUUUCAAAAGAGAGCACUCAGAAAUUCUACCAGGGCACGCUCAUUAAACUACCUUUCCGGACACGAGAGGAGGCUGUCAAGUCAGAAAUCAGCGGAAAUGUGUAUGACAGAGAUGACAUAGUAAAAUUUCAACAGGAACUGAUCAACUCACAAACUCAUCUCCUCUUUCUGAAGAACAUCAAGACGGUAUCUCUUCAAAACCUCCCGAGCGAUGCUUCCACUCCUCCUCAAGACGACCAAAUAGAGACUCUCUUCACUGCCACCAGAAAGGUUGUGAGCACAAUCAAGAUUCCGGAGGACACUCCUCCAGGAACGAUGCAGAAUGAUGCUCUGAAAUCUCUGACGAAGCAUUAUGCGAAAUGCCAAGAGGUAAUUGACUGCCAUAGCGCCAACAUAGCUGAACUAACUCAACAACAUUGUGAUGGAUCUGAUGUCCAGUUCUGGCUCCUGUACAAUUGCUUUGGGACACAAAAUUCUUUACAAAUGGUCCAGACAGACAACAAGCAAACUGUGUUCUCCUUGCCAAUAGGAGGUGUUGCUGUACCAUUAAACAAAGAACCACAGACCGGGAAAUGGGUCCCGGGAGAGGCCAAACUGGUUGGCCAGGCUUUCAGCUUCCUCCCCCUCUCUGUUGCCACAGGGCUCCCGGUGAACCUGAAUGGAUCCUUUGCUGUGACCUCUAAUCGGAGAGGUCUGUGGGAGAGUGGUGUGAAAUAUGACUGGAAUAGAGCUCUCCUGCAGGAUGCUGUUACAACUGCAUAUGUCACUACACUACUAGUGUUGAAAAAUAUGUCAAAAAAUGGAGACCUUCAACGUUACCAGUACUACACCUUUUGGCCCAAUGGAGAGAAUGUGAGCAAGACAUUCAAACCCCUGGUUGAUGAAUUUUACUUCGCCAUCGCUCAGCACUUCUCUGGCAAAGCUCUGGAGCUCUUCAGUGAUGGGGACAACUGGUGCUCAAUGUGCAAUGCCAGAUUUCUGCACCCAACUAUUCAAGAGGACAAAGCUGUAGGAGAGCUUGCAAUGAAGGUUUGUCAAAGCAAUCCAAACACAUCUUAUCAUGUUGUCCCAUUGCCAUCGUGGGUGAGACAGAGCUUCAUACAGACCGGCUUUGAUAAGAUUCUAAAACAGAGAACAUUUGAUUGGGAAGCAUUUUACCAAGAAGUGGUAUUUAACAACCUGAGCACUAUGGACCAGAAGAGUAGGAACGCUCUUGUGCUGCAUGCUAUUGACCUGAAUGACGAUGCCAUUGACAAUCUACUGAGGAGCUACCCAUGCAUUCCUACAAAGAAAGGUGGACAACUCCAGUUCAUCAAAAAACUUGUGAAUCCCCCUGGAAAAGUUGCACACUUGUUUGAGCAAGAGGAAGGACGGUUCCUUGGGGGGACCAAAAAUGACUUCUGUUCCCCUAAAAGGAUUCAACGUCUGUCUGAACUAGGGAUGCUGAGUGACCAGCUCCCUUUGGAGGACAUCACAGAGAGAGCAGAGACCAUUGCCAGCAUUUGGCAAAAAGACAAAGGGAAAGCAUACAAGCAUCUUCAGUGCAUCCUGGAGCUGAUGAGGGACUCCUUACAGGAUGAAGCCUCGCCUCACUGGGAGACUCUGAGAAACACAGAGUUCAUUCCAGCAUGUGCUCCAGUGAAUACAUGGGAAGGUAAGGAUGAUAGAGCAGGGAAGGAUGAAGCAGUCAGGCUUCAAAAGCCUACUGACAUUUACAGUGACCGAUGUCGCCAUCUAGUUGACAUGACACAGUCUGUGGUAGACUCUUCAAAUCUGAAAAUACACAGUGAUGAUGCAGUGCUACGCAUACUGGGACUUUGUGAAAGCCCUUCACUUGAGACAGUGCUUCAGCAGCUGCAGGAAGCAUCCAAGCACACAGAAACAUUUGACAAACAGAUGCUUUUCAACAUCGCCUAUGAAUGUUACAAAUUUCUGAAUGAAUGGCUACAUGAUGAGAAGGACUCCACAGCCAUUUUUGAGGGGGCACACUCAUUCCCCUUUAUCCUGGUUGAAGACAGAUUUGUGGAUGUAAAAUCUGUGGCAAAAAAUGAGAAAUUUGAGGCUAAACCGUAUCUUCAUGUGCUUCCACCUGCCUUGUCCAAAUUCAAAGAGCUCUGGAAAUGUCUAGGCAUUCAAAAGAAAUUCACACCAGAACAGUUCCAUUGUGUACUGCAGAAACUUAGCCAAGCCUACGGUAUCAGCCCACUUUCCAAUAAUGAUCUAGAAAUUUGCCUGAUAAUAAUCCUAAGGGGAUUAUACAAGGCCAAAGAUGAAAACCAAAAUGACGGUCUCAUACCUGAUGAAAACCAAGAUGACUGUCUCAUACCUGAUGGAAGUGGUGUUUUGCAGCCAUCUAACCAGCUCUAUUUUAAUGACAGCCCCUGGAUGGAAGUGUCAGAAGAUGUCACUUUAUGCCAUAAAAAGAUAUCUCGUCCCAUUGCACUUUAUUUUGGGGUGAUCACAACAAGACACCACACACUGCAAAAGCAUUCAGUAGAGAACUUCUCACCAUUUGCCGAAGAGUUCGGACAACAUGAGGAACUGACCGUCCGCAUUAAAAAUAUAAUUGCAGCUUAUCCCGCAAAGAAGGACAUCCUGAAGGAGCUCAUCCAAAAUGCUGAUGAUGCAGAGGCCACAGAAAUUCACUUUGUUUGGGACAAAAGAAAGCACAGCACGGAAAGAACAUUUGGACAGAGAUGGCAUCCACUGCAGGGCCCUGCACUGUGUGUGUACAACAACCAGGUGUUUUCUGAUGCUGAUCUGAGAGGCAUUCAACAGCUGGGACAAGGUGGAAAGCACAACAUUCCAGGGAAAACCGGAAAAUAUGGACUUGGAUUUAACUCAGUCUACCACCUGACUGACUGUCCUUCGAUCCUUACCGGUGACAAAUGGCUCUGCAUAUCUGAUCCCAAUCUGAAGUAUGUUGAAGGUGGAUCACGAGAAUCACCUGGCCGCAAGUACACACUGAAAAAGGAAUUGAAGAACACCUUCAUGGAUGUUUACAAUACGUUUCUCCCAAAGGAAUUCUCUCUUGAAAAUGGCACGAUGUUUAGGUUGCCUAUCAGAACGUGUGCCAUGGCAAAAACCUCAAAAAUAUCAAACAAUGAGGUCAAUGACAGAGAUAUUGAUGAACUGUCUUCAGCUCUCCGUGAAGACCCUGAUGGAUUGAUUCUCUUCUUGAAGAACAUCAGGAAAAUACAGUUCCAUGAAAUCAACACAAACACAGGAAAGCUCAGAAUUACUUUCUCGAUUGAAAAAAGUAUUUCUGAGAAGAGCAUUGCAGAAAGGGUUUCUUUUCAAAACCACGUACAACAAUCCCUGUUGUCCAAUGGACCAACAACACCACAUGAAGCCAUUUACAAUGUCAAGAUUUCAUCAUCUGAUAAAAGGCAAAGCCAGUGGAUCAUUGCAGAGCAGUUUGGCUCCUUUAAAGGAAACACUGAUAUGGAAGGACAGACUGGCAGAGUUCCCCAGGCAGCUUUGGCAGCAUGUGUAAGCUGUCAUCCUAAACAGGAUGACUUCAUUGGACAAGUGUUCUGCUCCCUGCCCUUGCCUGGUAAAACUGGACUUCCAGUCCAUGUCAACGGACACUUUCAGGUAGAUUCUUCCAGACGGGCGCUCUGGAAAGAGGAUGGGAAAAGUUUGAAGACUGAUUGGAAUGAGUCUCUGAAAAUGAACAUCAUCGCCCCACUGUACGCUGGCCUUCUGAAUUACAUCUGCAACCUAAAGAAAGUGAAAUCCAAUUCCAUACAUCUUAUUGAUUCAGUCCUGGACAGCUCCUACUUGUGCUUCUUCCCCACAAUUACCAAAGACAUUGGCCAAGAUUGGCAUGAAAUGAUUCAUGAAGUGUACAGGUCAGUCAAUGAAAGAGAACUCUGUGUUGUUCCAGUACUUCGCAGAUCAACUCGUCAAGUCCAACCCCAGUCAAUAACACACCUGACAAACCUAAAGGAGUACACUGUUGACUGGUCAAGUGUGAGAAAGACAGAACCAACUGACACACCUCAUUUGACAAGCAUGGACAACGGACUUGUCAUUUCUAUUUUGGAGGAUAUUGGAAUGCAGUUGGUUCCUUCAUCCACAAAGAUGACAGAAAUAUGGACCUGCUUUAAAAUGGCUGGAGUUGAUGUGGAAACAGUCAGUCCUUUGACGGUGGGAAACUACCUGAGGAAGAAACCACUGAAUGAUCCAACUCAAACUGAAAUGGGUUUACCUCUACCCAUUGGGCAGACUUUGAUCAGAGACAAAGAGAGAUGCUCCAAGCUCUUGGAGUACUGUAUCAAAGAUGUUGUAGUUAGCAACAAAACUUCCAGUUCAGACAGUGGACUUCAAAUAGAUGCUAACAAAAAGUGUUCCAGAUCAGUCAGUGGACUUCCACUCCUUCUCACUCAAGAUCAGAUUCUUAGAGUGUUCGACCCUGAGUCUCCCAAGCUUCUGUCAACAUUUUACGGAAUGUUCCAUGGACAUCAAGAGGAUUUUGCUGAUUACACAACCAACUUCAAGCAUGUUAAGGUUCUAGAAGAUGGGAACUUUCUUGAGAAAUGUACAAUUCCAGCCGCAGCAAAGUAUUUUAAACCUAUACUUCUGCAACUCCUUCAAAACUGUGAAACUGAUCCACACUGCAGGCUACAUGUACCAGACGAGACAAUGCACUCAUGGCUGAAAGAGCUGUGGGAAUUCUUUGAUGAUCAAGUCAAAUUAGCAGCUACAAAGGGUGGAGGUGAUAAUCAGGCUCUCAGGGCCAUAAAGGAGUUGUUCUCUGACUGCCCUAUUUUGCCAGUUGUGUGCCCAAGACUAAACAACAAACAUGUUCUCCAAACAAUGAGGAAGAUGUCCAGUGUGAUUCAUGUUGAAUCAAAAGAAGACAUGUCAUCUAUCCUCCUGAAACUUGGUCUCAUGAAACUAAACAUUAAAUUCUUCAGACAUAUGGACCAUCUGCCGUACCUACUCCCUGAGUUAUUGAAGACAAGUGACGGCAGUGCUGUGUUAGACCAAGUCCACCAGCUGGAACAUUCAGAGUUUCGGCAUCUUUCUGAUGAUGAGUUGAAUAAACUAUUACAUUUUCUGCAGUCUGGGAUGUGCUCAUCUAAAAACAAACAGGGCUACCAGAGAAAGUUCAAGUCAUUGCCACUAUUUGAAACCAUACAGGGUAGACGGCAGCGGAUUGAUGGACAACAAAAUGUAUUCAUCCUCAAAACAGAGUUCAGGGAAAGCUUUCCAGAUUUGUACAUGGCAGAUGACAACAUCUUCCUCAAAUGUAACUCUGAAAAUGAGAGCUUGUCAGGAAACCUGAGCAUUAAAAUAUUAAAUGAUUUGGAGUACUAUGUACAGUUUAUUCUGCCUUUCCUACACAAGCUAACUGAGAACCAAAUGAUUCACUCUGUCCAGCUGUUGUUGUCACUACAAUUAAAACCCAACUACCAGUACCAUGAAAAAAUCAUCUCUACAAUGAAAAAUGUGAAAUUCAUUCGGAACAUCCAUGGGAAUCUGCAGAUGGCCUCUUACUUCUUUGAUAAGAAUGAGAAGUUGUACAAAGUCAUGCUGCCACAAGAGAGAUUUGUGCCAGAAAGGUUCUGGAAAAUAUUCCCAGAUGGAGAAAUCAUAUCUCAUAAGGAUCAAGUAUGGAAACUGCUCAUAGAACUUGAAAUGAAGUGCACUGUGUCAGAUGAGGAGAUAAUUCAGUUUGCUCAUGAAAUUGAAUUGGAUGCCAAAGUCACUACCAGCCUCCAAGAGCUGAAACUAAAGUCGUCUACAUUGUUGGAAACUAUUUUGGAAAGGGGUGUCAAAAAGUCAGCACCAAACUUUCUCAAAAUUAUUUCUGACAUUAAGUUUGUUUUUCCUGUGGAAAUUCAAAAUAAGUUGUGCAGCUUCCACCAGUCAUUUGCUGGGGAGAGGACUUUAGUUACAAUCAGAGGUUGUUUGUUUGGAGAAAAUCUCCUCCACAAAUCCCUAAUUUGGACAUCCAUGCCAAUACUGCACUUAAGAAUGUGUAUUGAAAAGCACAAAACAAUGAUGAGAGAAGCAGGCGCUGUUGAACAGCCCCCUCCGGAACGUGUGAUAGAGAAUCUCAGAAACAUCUGUCAGUCACCAUGCCAAACACCUGACUUGGUUGGAACCCGAGCUGAAGUGUUCCGGAAAUCUUACACCUAUCUACAAACAAUAGAGUUUGACCCCAAGCCGUUGACUGACCUCCCUCUUGUGCUGGUGGAAGAAGAUUCUGCACUUGUAAAGACCAUGCAAACAACUAUAGUACUGCCUCAUGACGUGACGUUUAGGCCCUAUUUGUAUUGCAUUCCUCCAAAGGAUAUUAGGUAUGCAGAAUUCUUCAAGAAAAUUGGCGUCAAAGACGAGCCUACUGCAGAGCAGUACUGCAACGUGCUACAAGAAAUCCAUGCAGAUUCCACCGACAAGCAAACCCUUCAACCAAAUCUGGAGGAAACUGUCAAGCGUGCUGUAGAGCAGCUAUUUUGUCUGAUCAGGAAAUUGAAAGAAAAUCAGUUGACCUCAGAACUUCCCAAGGCUUUGUAUCUACCGUCAACAGAUGGCAGACUGUACCCUUCAGACUCACUGUAUUUCAAUGACACAGUCUUCCAGGUUAGCAGAUUGGAGGGUGCUCUUAAAGACAAAUUGAAACUCCUGGAGAAACUGAGCAACUGUCAUUUAGGGUUCGACAUGUAUGAGCAUCAUAAAAUGCUGCAGUUGCUGCCCCUGGAGAUACGACCCAAAAUGCUCUCCCAGAUUACAGUAGAGAACGUGGUGGAAUCCAACAUGCAACUGUGUGAGUACGGGGAGGGCUGCGAGUUCAGCGGAUGGUUUCAGGCACAUCUAUCCUCCGCUCCCUUCAGGCAUGGUCUGGUUUGUCUCAUUAGACAGCAGAAAGAGGGCCAGGUAUCACAAGGCGAUGCUGCCACCAUGUGUGAGAAAGCCUUUGGCAGCAUUGAGAUCACCUGCUGCAAGAGCCUUGAAACAGUGCUUUGGCUUGGCAAGGAGCUACUGAGUGGCACCACUGCUGCCACACAGCUGUAUGUCAAAAAGGGCCAGCAAGGUUGCACCUUCUACCUGAAACACAACAACGACACGGCCCACAAAGUGAAGAGUGAGGUCAUCAUGAGACUGACUAAUGAGAUUAAUGUCCUUCUCAAAAACAUUCUCGGCUCAAACCUCCUGCUAGUUCUGGGACACCUUCUCUCGUGUGAUAGCAUGGAGGAUGUCAAGAUGGCUCUGGAGCAGAGCGGUAUCCAUUACAGCGCCGAUACUGGCAGCACCGAUACCAAAGAAUCCCUGAAAGGACCGCCAGAACCAGGAAGUUCUGUUCCUGAAGAGUGGCACGACGCCCUGGACAUGAGCUACCUCAACAACUAUGAAGCUGGGGAAUACGUUGCCUAUAAGAAGACGGCAGAGGAGGAGCAUUGGUGUUAUGCAGUUGUAGUGGAACAGCUGUAUGUACCAACAGGUCAAUCAGGACAGAGUGCCCACAGAUACAAAAUACAGAUGGGGAAAGAUAAAGUAAUCGAAGUUGGUGCCCUUGAUCUGUACCAAUUUAAACGGGAAAAGAAGCCUUCCUCCACUUCCACUGGAGCAACUUGCAUGGAACUGGUACAACUGGCAGAGUCAGUCCCACGGUCAUCAACAACAAGGGCCUUGCCACAGUCUUUGGAAGAAGCCAAAAAGGACAUUGAGAAAUGUCUGGCAGAGAUAUGGACUCUGUCUGCAGAGGAGAGGCACAAGGCCAUCAAGCGCCUCUGGCUGAGGUGGCACCCAGACAAAAACCUAGACUUUCUACAACUUGCCACAGAGGCAUUCAAGUAUCUGCAAAACAGAAUUGAGGAUCUUGAGAACAGCAGGACGGGGAACCAAUCAUCCCCGCAAUGGAACACACAUUUCCGAAACUUCUACGAACAGUGGAACCAGGAAGCUCAUCACCACCGGUGUGGGAGAGAGAGGUUCUACAGAACAAGGGGCCACAAUACCAGAUACAACUUCUAUACAUAUCAUGAAAACGUACCACAACCCAACCGAGCAGAGGCUCAGCGCUGGCUCAGUCAGGCCCAGUGUGAUCUAGCUGCUGCUCACAACGACACAGGAGGCAGGGCCACAGAGUGGACUCUGUUCAAGGUACAUCAGGCCGUGGAGAAGGCUCUCAUAGCAGCCGAGUACAGAAGACAUGGACAACAUUCCAGCAACAGUUCCAUCUCCAUCCUGGCUGAGCGGGUGUCUGGCUACAGCCCCAAGUUAGACACUCUACCCAGCAUUGUGAGCAAACUGAAACAGCUGGGAGUCGACGCCAAGACCACUCAAUACCCAAACUACCACCACUUACCACACAUUCCAAACAAAAUGUUCAAGUGUGAGAAUGAAACAGAGGUACUGGACAUGGCAUCAAAGCUUCUGUGCAAAAUAGAAAUGUAUAUUAAUUGA